CCGCCUGCACCGCCCUCUGUCCUGCUGCCGUCGGCCGUCCUGAUCCUCCGGCUCCUCAGCCUCGGCCUCCUCGCCGCCUCGCUCGCGCUCAUCGCCGCCGACAAGCUCAACGUCGACAGCGACCCGCCGCAGAGGUACACCUUCAGGGACGUCUACGCCUACAGGUACGUCCUGGCCGUCGCCGUCAUCGGGUGCGCCUACACGCUGCUGCAGCUCCCGUUGGCCGCCGUCAGCAUCAUCGCCAGCGGGAACAAUAAGCGGGGCAUCGGCGCUGGCGGCGGGAGCGUCGCCGUGGCGCUGCUGGUCCUCGUCCUCCUCGCCGACGUGGUCUUCGCCCUGCUGCUCGCAACGGGCGCCGCCGCCGGGUUCGCCUUCACCUACGACGUGAAGCGCUACCUGGACGGCCAGUUCGACGACGACUCCAUCGGGACGCCGGAGGUCGACAAGCUGCACCGGGACAUGGACAAGUUCUUCGACCUGGCCUACGCCGCCGCAGGGCUCAUGCUGGCCGCCGCCGCGUGCAUGGCGCUCGUCAUCAUGCUCUCCGUCUACUCGCUAGCUCGCCAACAUUAUCUUCGUCAUGGCAAAGAGCAGUACCUCAAGGUGGAUCGCGCACUCCAUUGCCGCUGUUCUCUUGGUUCUUCUGAUCAUGUCUGCAUCCUGCCAAGCCGAAAACCUUACAAGCUCCGACUCUCCACAGCUGCUACCGGCGAAGAUUCGGUCUCCACAGAUGCCGUGCUCGAGGAUAUAACUAACUGCACGUUUUCAAGUUGCUACGAUCUAUGCAAAGCAAAAGGCGUGAUGAGUUACGAUGCGUCCUGCUUGAAUUGGACUGACAACCAAGGUCAUGUUCAUGUGGAGUGCUGCUGCCCACGGUCGGCGGCCUACGUCGCCAACAAAGAUGAUAAUUCCUCUGCACCCGUUUACGUGCUACCAUGACCAUGAUUCACAAGGAUGUACUACGUGCAGCUCUUCCUGUGGAGCCAAAGGUUUCGUAGCUGAAAGAGCUCCUUGCUUCAUCAGGAAUAUGAUGAUUCUAGUCGUGCUCACACCGAGUGCUGCUGCACCCAUGAAACAGUGUAAUGCAUGCA